UUUGAUUUAAAAAUUAUUUGUUUCCUUUAACGAUUUUGUGAAAGAGUAAGUGUUUUUAAACAAAACUGUGGCUGUUGUGGGCCUUGGUACUAAUGAAAUCUUUGAACUAAAGAUGACUGAUUCUAUCGGCCAGCUGAUAUUAGCCUAAUUAAGUAAUUUCGGUAAAUAGUUAUAAUUUUUCCCGCCAAUAAUGAAAACACGAUAGCACAAUGGGUUUCGCCCAGAUGAUGUGACCUUAAGAUACUAUUGAAGUGAAAGUGAAUCAUUGUCAUUGUUCACAGCACUUUAACCCAAACCACUGCCUAUGUCAGUAUCAGUUGAUAUCAGAAUCCAAACCUAAGUGUUUGGAAAAUAUCUGCAAAAUGUUAACAUCAGACAUUCCUACUUCAAACUUUAUCGUACUCCGUCAGGUCAACCUAACUCUCAUCCAACUAUAAUGUGGUGAUGGAACUAUAUUUCAGGAUGACAAUCAAAGCCAACAUGCGGAUCAAAGCUGUGAUCUCAGAUGAGAUGAUAGGACUACACCGAAACAUGACGACCACUGGGGGAGGGGGUCUAAUCCAGAAGAUGCCUGAAGACGAUGGAUUGAAGAAGAACCUGGAAGGAUGAGCCCACUUAAGGGGUUUAGCGCUGCAUCAUGGAACCCCAACUGCCUUCACUCACAAGCAAGACAAACACACACCCUGCUCUGAGAUUAUGUGUUGCUUGUAUUUUCCCCCAGAUUAUUCCGCAAACAGGACAUUUGUUUGGAACUUGACACAGAUGAGUGCAGCACAGAGUACUUCACACAGAGUGGGAAACUCUUCCAGGGAAGAAUCUUCUAACGCAACCGUUCAAUACGGCGAGUAUACGUUGAUCAAAGAGCUCGGCAAAGGCUCUUUUGGCGUUGUGCACAAGUGCAUCCGACAGGACACCAAGGAGGUGGUGGCAGUGAAAAUCAUCCAGAAGGAAUACGCCUGGAUGGGCAAAAGAGAGGUCAAGAUCCUCAACAGUCUGAAGAAAUGUUGCCACGGCACCAAGAACAUGGUCAAACUGAACCGGCAUCGCAUGCACAACGGGGAGGUUUUACUGGAAUUUGAAAUGUUGGACUUGACGAUCAGCCAGUUCAUGACCAGGUACUACAGGUCACUGCAUCUGUCUGAAAUCCAGUCCAUCGCACAGCAGAUGCUGGAGGCCCUGGACACUCUUAAGAGCAUAAGUGUAGCCCACUCGGACCUAAAGCCAGACAACAUCAUGUUCAUCGACCACAAGCUACAACCCAUGAAGGUGAAACUGAUUGAUUUUGGUCUGGCUACACACGUCUCCGGUCUGCCUCACGGCAAUAAGAUUCAGGCUCAUAACUACCGGGCUCCCGAGGUCACGCUUGGUCUUCACCUGAACGAAGCCGUGGACAUGUGGUCUCUGGGCUGCAUUCUGGCCUUCAUAUACCUCCGCUCUCAUCUGUUUUCGCGAGGGGCUUGUGACCAUCAGAUAACGCAGGAGAUUAUUCAAAUGCUCGGUCCACUUGAGAACCAAAUGCUGGAGAAUGGAAUCUGCACAGCAAACGUCUUUUACAAAGACGGGAAUUGCUGGAAGUUGUCUGAUCCAUGUACGUGUAAGGAACGUAAACACCACACCAGGAAAAGGUUUUCCAGUCUUGAUGACAUUACACUGACUCGUCCAAACACUGCAGAGUGUGAGGACACGCAGGCUUUUGUCAGCCUCCUUAAAGAGAUGCUGAUAUUGGAUCCGGACAAAAGAGUGACACCUAGCCAAGCCCUCAAACAUCCGUUUCUCACCACCAAACACUUUCCUAGCGACCCUUCCCUCAGUCUGAACGACCCUUCGCCCAGCUUCACGGCAGAGAAACGCAGUAGCCUAAAACUCUCCAAAUUUGCAGAAAUUGAUAAAGGUUCAUCAACUCGUUAUGAUGGUGUAGACAGAAGUAAGCAAGCAGCAGCUUACUCGGAUAGGAGAACUGGUACAAAUUCACCUGUGGUUAAAGAAAAAAACAAAAGACGCUUCCUGCAGAGGAUUCGGGGCUUUUUGUCAAGAACGUUUGGCAAACUGCGCAAGCCGAAGGAUUAUGACUACAACAGAGAGUUGGGAAAAUCUCAGAGUGUUGGACGGUGGUAGUGACUCUUGAAGAAACACUGAUUCGAUGCAUAAAGGAUCUUCUACGGAGAGAUGAAUCUUAGAUUCUUCUCAAAGUUGUUGUUGUCCCUUCCUGUGUCUGGGCCAUGCUAGGUAAAGUUUCACCAUGUAUUUUAUAUAUACAUAUACAUAUCAAGUACUGAUGUGUACUGUGUAAACACAGCAAAUGCUGUAGUCCUUCUGCUUUAUGUCAUCAUUGUAGUCAGAGUUAGGGCUACACCAAGGUGACACCCUGGACACACUCUGUCUCAUCACAGGUCACAUGCGAACAAUCACACACACGUUCACAAACAAAACUCCCACAAUCACAGGCAGAACAUGAAAACUCCAUACAGGAAGACUGGGAUUUGAACCAGCAAACGCCCAAAAUUCACCAAGGGGAAAUUGUUUGGGUGGAGCACUGAACUCUACAACUUUCAAAGCCAUUCCAUAAAAAUGCGAUGUGUGUCACAUCGAGCUUGGCCAGGUGAUGAGUCCAAUUUCUUUUCUCAUUUGAAAUCCUACUCUGAUACUGGAGCGACGUUAAAGAAGACAGUGGUUCAAGUUGAGUUUCUGCUGAAGUCAGGACUUUUCUGACACCUUCUCAUAAACGCCGAGUUUUCUUCCAAAUGAUUUGGCUGUGUGCGAUAUGGCAGCGAGGACCCAGAUCAAGAGAAAUGAACAUGACGUUUGAGUUAAAUUCCUCAGAGGAGUCUGUCAAACUGAGACUUGUAGCAGGGUAGAUCCCCCACGCAUAUUCUGGAGGGAGGGGCUGCUGGGAAAUGUGCCAGGUAGAGGCACCAGCGGCUUCUCAGGAGGUCUUGGAGACGACGCCCAGGCAGAGGAGAGCUGGCGUGCUGGCUGUUGUCCUGUCCUCAUUUGUGUUCUAGCAAUCCUGGGUUUAACUCCUUGAACCAAUGAAGAUCCUGGAUUUGAACAUGCCGUUCAGGAACCCAACUUAUUUGGGGCCCAUAUUAAAACCUACAGCCACGGUCAGUUGACUAUUACUUUCCAGCUGACACUGAACUUACGUGGGUCACUCAUGCACGCGCUGGCUGGGGACCUGCUUCUGUCAUUGCGUCCGAUUGAAUGUCGCCACCUAGCCUUGACAUGAUGACAACAUCGUGGCCAAAAUGUACUCGAUGACAUCAUUUCACUCAAUUACCAUGUCUUUGUUUCCAGAACGUUUUUUUUUUUUAAACUCCAAUCAACAACACUCAACACAUGUUCGACGAUGUGGUUUAAAGCGUCCUGAAGAUGACGCAUGUGUGUGUUAGUCUUCGUAAUUCUCUCGUUGGGAGGACCAGGGUUGUAGACCUUCGAAGUGUGGACGUUUUAUGAAACACCUUCCGGCAGCUGUUUAGCUUUAAGCUAACUCUGUGAUUGGACUCGGAAUACAGGCGAGGGAGUGUCUGACGUCAAUAUAAGAAGUGUGACUAAAGUGUGUGUGUGUGUGUGCGUGCAUUAAACAGGGAGGAGUGUGAUCUGUAUCAACGGUGACAUCACCGCGUCUUGAUGUUGUUGACAUCAGAGGUCGUGACGAUGCUCUGUUGUGUUUCUGUCGUGUGCGUGUGUUCAGUUGGUGCUUCGAGACGCCACCAUGGCAGUGGGUGGUGGUGGCAGAGGUGGCAGCGGAGUGGGUGGAGACACUUCAGUCAGGUGACGUCAACUUUGAGACAUUAGUUCCAUGAUGCACCUCGUUCAACACUGGCGUUUUCCUCGGCUGAGUCACACUGCUCCAAAACUCGACAUCGACUGUACGACUCCAACGCGUCACCAAAUGAAACGAUGUCACUCAUCAUUUUACAUAUUCGAGGCCUCAAGUGACAUGUCGGACUCUACAGUGUGCUAGCUUCAAGCUUCGGUAGUGACUUGACGUUUAUUUUUCCCUUUGACUUGAAAGUUGUUUUUUUCUGUCUUUUUGUUUUCAGUAUUUUUCUUUGGAGACCGUUAUUGGCUACUCUCUUAUCUUUUGGUUCAAUGACCAACUUUACUGCUACCUGUC